GCAGAUUGAUACUUCAAACUUAAAAUGAUAAACAUUUUGACGUGACAAAUUAUAUUUGUCAUCACUCAUCAUUCAAUAUUCAUCAAGGCUAUGGCAGCUUCACCAACCAACUCUACUACUUCUCAUCCUCCUCCUCCCACUACCCCACCGUCUUCUUCUCAUUCCACAUCAAAUCUCCCCAUGUUAUACUACGGCCUCGUCGUCAUCGGCACCGCCGCCAUCGUUCUCGCGCUCUACAACCUCCUCAUCAUACGCUGGUGCGCCGAGAGCCGGCGCCGGACGCGCCUCAGGAUGGGCGACGGCGCCAGCAGCUUCGUCAGCUUCCGGAGCUCCGACAGCCGCCGCAGCAGCAGCGUCAAUAUCAGCCUAGGAGUGUCGAGCUUCCGGUACAAGAAGGAGGGAGUCGAGGUUAACGAGUGCGCUGUCUGCUUGUCGGCGUUCGAGGACGGCGAGGAGGUCCGGCGACUCCCCAAAUGUAACCACUCUUUUCACGCUCCUUGUAUUGACAUGUGGCUAUACUCGCACAUGGACUGCCCCCUCUGCCGGUCCCCGGUUGAGGCGCCGGUCCUUAGCCGUCACAAAAAUACGGCGGCCGAGCAAGCCCAAGAGGGGAAUACAUCUCAGGAAGGAUUAUUAGUCCCAGGCAAUGCUUCUUCAAUAGUUUAAUUUUACCAUAUUUGUAAACUUUCUUCUUCUUCAACUUUAUUUUUUUUUUAGUUUUUGUUAGGUUUAUUAGUAAAAAGUGAUACCAUUCUUGUACAGAACCCGACCAAUCAUUCGAGUUUGGUGUAGUUGGAGGAUAAUAUCAAAUCAAAGAAAGGGUUAGCAAAUGGUAAA